UUGGAGCACCAAGGACAGGUCAGGCACUGCAGCAGCCCCUCGCAGUUCAUCGCCCAGCCUCCUCCCGGCCCUCGCCUGCCGGCUGUCUCAAGUGUCCUGAGUUGGCCCCUACAGGAGCCUUGUCCUCUUUGGCCAAGAUGCCUUUGCGAAUCUCGCCAAGCAGCGCCCGCUCCGAGGAGGGAAGCGAGGUCCUUCUGGAAGGACUGGUGGAUUGGGAGCUGAGCAAACUGCAGCGACAAUGCAAGGUGAUGGAGGGAGAGAGGCGUGCCUACAGCAAGGAAGUCCACCACCACAUCAACAAGCAACUUGAGGAGAUCCAGCGCUUGGAAGAGCUGCGGGCCAAUCUCCAGAUGCAGAUCGGUAUUGCCCAGAGCCAGAGCAAGCGGCUUCAGGACAGUGAACGGCUGGAGAACAUGGACCGCCUGUUAAAGUGCCGGGACCGGGUGCAGGCUGAGGUCGAGGAGCUGCAGGAGAAAACCAGAGCCCUGGACAGGGAGAUCCAGGAGUGGGAGAACCGGAUCUUUACCCACAAUAAGGAAGUCAAGGCCCCAGGAUUCAUCCUGGAUCAGAAAUGCAAGAUCCAGCGAAGGAUCAAGAUCCUAGAAGACCAGUUGGACAGGGUCACCUGUCACUUUGACAUCCAGCUGGCGCGAAAUGCCACCCUGCGGGAGGAGCUGGAUCUGCUGCGAAUUGAGAGGAACCGCUAUCUGAACAUGGACCGCAAGUUGAGGAAGGAGAUCCACCACUUGCGGCAGACGGUCAGCAACCUCAUUGCUUCCUCCACCUCUGCCUACACUGCCAGGGAUGAGGCGAAGGCCAAGAUGGGCAUGCUUCGGGAGCGGACGGAGAAGGAGGUGGCCCAGAAUGAGACGGACACGCAGAUCUUGGAGCGGCAGAUCGCGCACCUGGAGCAGCUGCACCGCUUCCUCAAGCUCAAGAACAACGAACGGCAGCCAGAUCUUGCUGCCUUGGAGAAGCAAGAAAAACGUGCCCGGGAGAGGGUGGAAGGCCUCCGGAAGACCUCCCAGGAGAAGCUGGUGCUGCGCUAUGAGGACGCCCUGAACAAACUGUCCCAGCUGACUGGGGAGAGUGACCCUGACUUGUUGGUGCAGAAGUACCUGGAGAUGGAGGAGUGCAACUUUGCCGAGUUCAACUUCAUCAACGAGCAAAACUCAGAGCUGGAGCAUCUGCAGGAGAACAUCAAGGAGUUGCAGGAGGCCCUGGUGACCUUGCACACCGGUGAGGACAACCGGCAUUCGCUGCAACAGCAGCAGCAUAAAGAGUUGCAGCAGUGCGUGGAUAAGGUGCGCUCGGAGGCUGAGCAGCUCGAGGCCCGUGUCCAGGAUUUGCGGACACAGCUGGAGAAGGUCAAGGCUGAUAUCCAGCUCCUCUUCACCAACGCCCACUGUGACAGUAGCAUCAUUGACGACCUCCUCGGGGUCAAGAACCAGAUGCGAGACCGGGACAUAGGCCUGUUCCUGGCCAUCAUUGAGAAGCGGCUGAUGGAGCUCCUGACGGUGCAGGCCUUCCUUGACUCCCAGAGCUACACCUCCUUUGCCAAUGCUGCCCUCCUGGUGCUGGGCCAGAACCUUGAGGACCUUCCGAAGAAGAUAACCCCACUUCAGCUCCCUAACAACCUAGAGGACCCUCCAGGUUUUGAGGCCAAAGAUGACUAUCCUAUGAGCAAGGAGGAGCUGCUGAGCCAUGUGUUGAAGUCGUUGGAACUCUUGGAGCAGGCCCAGGAGCUGAACGAGGCCACGAAGAUGAGCAGUGUUUCCACUGGGGGCUUCUCCAGCAUCCAGCGGACCAGCCCCACCACCGCCCUGGUGACCCCCAGGGACCCCAGGGCUACCCGCGGGUCCAUCUUGAUCAACAGGACUAACAGAGACCAUGGCACUGGCUCCAUUAGCCGUGUCACUUUUGGCGUCCCCAGCUCUGGCAUGGGCCAGUUGUCUAGCCGUGCUACCCUUGGGGACCCCAGCUCCAGUGCAGGCCAUGCGACCGUCAGCUCCACAAGUGGCAGUCGGGCACCAGCAUCCACCCAUGCUUCCAGUGGGAGCCGCGUGACUUUCAGACCCGUCAGUUCUAGCAGCUACCUGGGGUCCACUGGGUACCCGGGGUCCAGUAAAGGCCAAGAAAGCUUUAGAAGCAGUGUGGAGAGCAGGGGCACAGGGUCAGAAUUGAGUGGAGGCCUCGGGUCCAGCAGAGGCCGCGUCUCCAGCGCCGGCCCCGUCUCCAGCGCCAGCCCUGGCUCCUCCACCAGCAAAGACUCCCGGGUCUACUACUAGGGGCACCCGGCUCCACCCUGCCCCUGGCUCCCUGCAGGGUCUGUUUUGUCUCUCUGUCUCCCUGUUUGCCUUGUGACUCUCCUUCUUUGUCUCCUAGUUCCAGGCCUCUGUGUCUUUAACCCCCCAUCUGUUUCCAUUUGUCCUUCAUCAUCUCCUCCGCUCUGCCUCCUUGUCCCUGUCUGUUGACCCUCCUUCACCUUCUGUCUCCCAAUCUCCUGUUCUCCUGGUUUCCCAUUCAGUGCCUCUGUCUCUGGCUCCUUAGCCCUAACCCUCUGCCCACCCCCCACCUCCUGCUUCCAGCUUCCUCUUCUCACCUCUGUCUCCCACGUUUUCCUUGCAUCUUGUGUCCCUGUCUCCAUGGCUCCUCUUUCCUCACCCUUCCCAAGAGCCCCCUGGUACUGACUAGGGGGGAGAAAAUCAGGGCAAAGAUUUCAGGUUGAGCAUGAGCUGUGACCAUGGGAAGCGCAGGUGACAGCCUGACUUUUACCCCAGUCUGGUUACAGAGUGUGUGUGAGAGCGCAAGCCUGAGACGCAGCUGCUUCCUGUACUUCCGCCCUGGGGGAGAAUUGUGACCCUGUCCCUGUUCCUUGCCGUUCAUCCAGCCAUUCACUAUUUUGAGACCUCCACAUUUCAGGCUCUACUGGGAACUGGGAAAUGUAUCAGUCGGGAGAGGCUGGGCUAUGCUGCAGUCACAAGCUCAGAAUCCCUGUGGCCCGGACGCUGCAAAGGUGUCUCUCCACUGUGGGUUGGCUAAGAGCUCUGCUCCGCAUCAUCCUUGUGCCCCAGGCUGAUGUGACAGCCUUCAUCUGGAGUGUUGCCAGUUCCUUUGGCACUGAGAGAGAGAAAGAGCAAAGCACGCAAUGACUCUUAAAGCUUUUACCUGGAUGUGACAUGUUACUUUCGCUCACAUUCAUUUGCCAGGUGACCAUGCCUAACUACAAAGGGGAGUGGGGACGUGCAGUCUUGGGAGGAGAGAAAAGAGGGAUUAUUUGCAGACAGCCCCAGUGCCUACUGCAGGGUCACAGAGAUAAAGCCCCUUGCCUGCAGUGGGGGAGGGCUUGGGAGUGACAGGCAUUGGGACAGCGUGGGUAACUCUUUCCUCUAGUUGAGUCACGCCGGAUGUCCUGUUAACAUAUAAUCCAGCCAAAUCCAAAUGCAGUUCAUCAUUCACCUUCCUAAUCCAGGAGGGUAGUACUAUGAACCUCAUCGCUCUUAAAAUGGGUUGACAAUGUUACAUAUUUAGGAAUAAAAUGAAUUGCUACAUGUAAAGCCUUAUACCGGUACCUGGCAUGUAGUAACUCUUCAAAAAUAGCUGUAAUUAUAACUAGGAUGAGAAAGUGAAAACGAGUGUUGUGUUUUCGCACCUGUUCAGAUAAUCCAACCUUACUUUCCUCUCCUCUGACCCCACGAUCCGGCGAGGUCCACCCAGUGAUCUGCUGGUCGAUGUUUAACAGCUGGCUCUUCAGGAAAGCGAAUCCUGACUGUAGUGUGUGCCGAUUGCUGUGGUGUAAAUACUCUCUCACUGUGGCUGCUCCCAGCCCUGCAGUGCGAACUGAAUGUGGAGGUGGGAAGGGAGGGGUAAGGCCAGCCCCGUGAGCUGGGAUGCGCUGCCCUGGCCCACUGCCCACCUGCCCUCGUCCUGCGCCCUGUCCCCCUUCACGCCCACAGGAAACUCCCCCAGCCGACUGCAACACAACUACCUUGAACUUUUAAAACCAUUUAAAACCUUUUAAAAAAUGGAAGUUGCCUUACAUUUUUAACAGCAAGAAGACUCGGUUUACAAUGUGCAAAGCUAAUGCCUCAACGCUGCUAAACAUUUAGCAAGAGAAGGAACAGAAGCAGCAGCCUGCCUGGUGCAAGCGCGAAAUCUCGGCUUGAAAGGAAGGUGCUAUGAACAGCAGAUGGACAGUCUCGAGAUAAACCAGGAUGUGCUCUUGUUUGCACCACAGAUCCCGGACGGACUGGGCAUAUCUUACCUCUGGGGCCCCAAGCAGAACUGCACAUGCAAAUUGUGACCACAGCCUUCCAGAACUUUCUUUCAAAUAGAAUAUCAUGACCUGUGACCUGUAGGAGGCCAACCAGUACUUGACCUCACUGGUUUUAUCCUUUAAAAAAAUAAAUCUAAA